UAUCGAUAUUUUUAUUGUUAUCGUCCAACUCUAAAGUACAUCUUGUGGUUAAUAAAUGCUUUGUGUUGCAUCAAGUUGAUCAAUUGUUUCAAUUUGUUCAUUUAGUUUAUCUACUUCAGUUGCACAAUGGAUCAUGGUGCUCACAGUGCUGCCUUGCAGGCUGUAGAGUUAGAAGUCUCUGGGUCCCCUCAUAUUGCCAUUCAUAAGCCUUUUGAUCCUGAGGAACAUAAUUUAGAUCCAUCAUUUCGGCUUACUAAAUUUGCCGAAUUGAGAGGAUGAGGGUGUAAAGUUCCUCAGGAAACCUUGGCUCGGCUUCUUGAGGGACUGGACGAAAAUCAUACUCAUCAAACUUCAUCUUCAUCUGCAACUUCAUCGCCUUCAUCUCCAUCAUAUUUUAUGCACCAACAUAUGGGAUUGCCAAAGAUAGGUAUUGGUAUGGAUAGCAGUAUAACACCAAUCAGACAUGGAAGUCUUUUGUUAGUUCAAACAGUUGAUUUUUUUUACCCUCUGGUUGAUGAUCCUUAUGUGAUGGGAAAAAUUGCCUGUGCAAACGUUCUUAGUGACUUAUAUGCUAUGGGUGUUACUGAAUGUGAUAACAUGCUAAUGAUCUUGGCUGUAAGUCAGAAAAUGAGCGAAAAAGAACGGGAUACAGUUGUUCCUAUUAUGAUCAAGGGUUUUAGGGAUUGUGCAUAUGAAGCUGGCACAAGUGUAACGGGUGGACAAACUGUACAAAAUCCUUGGUUGACCAUUGGUGGUGUUGCCUCGAGUGUUUGUCAACCAAAUGAAUAUCUUAUUCCUGACAGUGCCAUUGUGGGAGAUGUCCUCGUGUUAACUAAACCUUUAGGAACUCAAGUUGCUGUUCAUUCAUAUCAAUGGCUAGAAUAUCCUGAACGAUGGAACAGAAUUAAACUUGUUGUCUCGGACGAAGACGUAAGAAAAGCAUAUCUUCGAGCAAUGGACAGCAUGAGUAGAUUGAAUAGAGUUGGUGCACGUCUUAUGCAUAAAUAUAAUGCUCAUGGCGCUACCGAUGUAACAGGAUUCGGCAUUCUUGGUCAUGCUCAAAAUUUAGCAAAAAAUCAAAAAAAUGAAGUUUCCUUUGUUAUUCACAAUCUACCCAUCAUUGCUAAAAUGGCUGCAGUUGGUAGAGCUUGUAGCAGUAUGUUCCAAUUAUUACAAGGAUACUCUCCUGAAACCUCUGGUGGGUUGUUAAUUUGUUUACCACGAGAACAAGCGGCUGCUUUUUGUAAAGAUAUUGAAAAGCAAGAAGGAUAUUCAGCAUGGAUUAUUGGCAUUGUAGAGAAAGGAAAUAGAACUGCUCGAAUAAUUGACAAACCUAGAGUUAUUGAAGUGCCUAGUAAAGAAAAGGAUGGUGAACUAUGGUAAAACAAACAAAAAUUUAAAAAAUUCAACUGUUUGAUUCAACAAAAAAGAAACAAAUAUUCUAAUUACUAACUGAUUGAUUGUAUCUUUCAACUUAUAUACUUUUUUCAAUUCCUUUUUUUCGUAACUUUCAAUUAUCACAAUUUCAAUCAUCAUCUCCAUCUUCAUUUUAUAUUAUUGAAGAAGAUUGUAUCUUAUGAUGUGAAUUAGAUAAACCUGGUAACAGAGUCUAAUUUACUGAUGCCACUCAACAGUGUUUCAAUCUAAACUUCAAUAAAUAUAUAUUUUCCAAUCGCC